AUGCAAACAGCCCUUGUGUGCCUGUGCCUGCUCAGCACGGCCCUCUCGACACCCGUGCCGCCGCUGCCCGGGAGAGCUGCCGGGAACUGUGCGGGACAACACCGGAUCCUGCUGAAAGGCUGCAACGCCAAGCAUGGCUUCUACAUUUUCAAAUACGUCUACUCGUUUUCAACGCGGAGGAACCAGACGCAGAUCAAGAAGGAAGAAGCUGACCGGCAGAAUGCGCUGGGUGAGGACAAGGACAAGCAGGAGCCGACAGAAGACAGGGUGGCCCUGGAGCAAAGUGAAAAUGUCAGCACUGAUGUGAUGGAGAACAACAGAACCAGCCUCAUGCCCAAAAGCCACACCACCCCAGGUGUGGGCAGGGAUGCUCUCAGUCCUCCCCCGGCCACCAGCACAGGAGCACGUGGUGGGAUUGGCAUGGCAGGUCCCACCCCGACCAGCUGGGAGGGCAGUGGUGACCUGGAUUUAGUGGUGGAAAUCGAUGGUGGUGUUUCCAUUCCUACCCAGGAUGGACGUCCUGGCGAGGCCAUGGUGGGGAACAGGUCCAUUGUCAGGGGUGAGGACAGGGAGGAGGAUGGUGCCCCUGGGUGGGUUCCAGUGGAGAGGGCCAUGACAGAUGAGAGGGCUUCUGCCACUGGAGGGGCUGGGGAUGAGGGCAGUGGUGGGGCCACCAUGCCUGGCCAGGGGCAGGAGGGUGUCAUGCAGGGCACGGGGGUGGGAAGCGCUGCUCUCUCCUCUGUCACUGAGAAGAUAGAGGAUGUCCAAGUUGACACUGAGGGUGUGGAUGAAUACGCUUACAUCCCCGACUCGGGCAGCAUCACUGUCACCCAAGGGAAGUUGGGCAGCACGGCGCCGGCCACCAGCUUCACCCAGAUCUCUCCGGACAAGGACGACGAGGUCAACAUAUUCAUCGGGAGAGCCAACAUCCUCGUGGGGGAGCAAGAAACCACCCAGGCUGGUGCCACUGCUGGCAGCAAGGACAGCGGCAUCCCCACUGCAGGAACCAGCAGCCCCCUGCCCAGGCUGGCGGUCACUGCAGCACAAGAUGAUGAUGAUGGCAUCCCUGCUCAUAGGCAGCCUGAAGGACUGGCCACCACAGCCACCCCGAGCUACAGAGACAGCACCACCAGCAGACCCAGGGUUGGUUAUCCCACAGGAGAUGAUGAGGAUGGUGCGACCACCCUUGGUGAUGGAGAAGGACCCCUGGCCCCUAGCCCUUGGACCGUCACCGGUGGUGACAUUCCUGUCCCCUCAGAGGCUGGCAUCGCUGGGAAUGGUGACGAUGGAGCGAGAGGUGAGGGGCAGAGGUUUGAGGGGAGGUCAGACCGCCUGCCUGUCACCACCCCUCGCCAGGAGGCUGUUGAGGAGACCACUGCCACUGUCCCAGCCAAGGGGGCCAGCAUCAGUCUGGGAGGCACUACGGCCUCCUCUGAGGUGAGGGAGGGCAACUGCACCACUGCCCUGGGGAUGGAUGGCAGCUGCAAGGCUGGAGAGACCCCCAGCACGGCCAGAGGGGCGAGCGGAGAAGUGGGGACAACCACUCUCUGGCCCCACAGGGAGGGACGGCCCAAAGUGGGAGCAGGGCUCCAGCCUGGGGGAGCAGGACUGGACAAGACAGCCAGGACGGACAAAGCACCAUCCUCAGAUGGGAAAGUUGGUAGCCAAGCACUGAGCGAGGCCCAGGGGAUGGCUGGUGGCCAUAGCGGGGAUGUUGGUGGCAGGCGGCACCCCACGGGAGCGGGGGGCAGCCCCCCUGGGCAGGCAGGGCAGGUGUGGGGGCCCCGGCGCGGCCGCCUCCCCGGGCGGCAGGGCAGGAGACCCGGGGCGCCGGGCGCGCUGGCAGCGCUGGGCAGCAGCCGGCAGGUGGACCAGGUGAGGCGCGCUGACGAGCUGCACAUCCGUGAGAGGGCUUUUUACACUCUCGGAGGGGCCCGGGCUGAGCACCGCGGCCCCUACGCUGCCCUGGGGAGCGCGGACAGCAGCCAGUCCUCCGAGGGGGAGCGGGGCAGCAGCAGCGAUAGCCGGCAGAUAGGGCUGCGGCCCGCGGGGUGGGGAGCCCCGGGGCACCCCCAGGGCCGGUGGAGCCGGGGGACCCUCUGA